ACUGGUCUACAUUGUUUCACGCUGGAGUGUGCGCAAAGCAGGCUGGGGUGCUCCAUUUCUUUGUCUUCUGUCUUGGCUGUUGUUGAUACCUUCUCAGGCUGCAUGUGUAUUCCUGUCGAGGGAACACAAACCUCGAGGCAUAGCCUGACAUAGUUUGCGGUGUCCAUUACCCCGAGUGAAGAAGCUUCACGCAUGAAUAUUACAUGAGAGUGCGUAAUCCAUUUAAACCCUUUCCUGCAGUUCCUCCCGUGUUGGAGUUAAGUGGUGAAGAUGGCAGGUUAUCUUACGCCGGAUUCUUAAAACUAACACGAUUCUUUCGGACAUAUCAUAGUAAUGGACUUCCCCACCCUCCCAAGUUAGUUGAAACCCAAGGAUUGUUUAAAGAGAGCACUGGAAGAAAGCUGACGCUUGAACUUGGCCUUAAUUCAUUAAUGUAAUUCGAUUAAGAGCAUUUCUGGCAAUAAGAUGAUUGAAGAACGCUUUUAAAUCGCUGGUCACCAACUAAAUGAAAUCCAUGUGCAUUUCCCUCCCUGCUGUGUGUCAGAUGGCCGGAAGGGGCUAAGGUAAAAGCAUACACGGUGCAGUCUCGCAUGCUUAUUGCAAUUGGUUUUUCUAGAGGGACCGACAUCGACUGCAUUCACCACCAGCACACACCCCUCAGCAGCGGUGAUGCAUCCCCGCGGCAAGGGCACGGACAACUCCUCCUCAGAGUCGUCUCGACUUUAGAAUGGUGCAGAAAUCUCUCAACGGCGGGGUUUACCCAACUCAAGCCGGAGAGAAGAAGCACAAAGUCGGGUUUGUGGGUUUGGACCCGGGAGCUCCGGAAUCCAGCAGGGAUGGGGCACUGCUCAUUGCGGGCUCGGAAAGCACCAAGCGGAGCAGCAUCCUCUGCAGACCGAGGUCCAGCAUCUCCGCAGGAAGACCGAGACCGUCGAAGAAAAAUGCCAGCUAUCGGAAACUACAGAAUUUUCUCUACAAUGCGCUGGAAAGACCGCGGGGAUGGGCGUUCAUCUACCACGCUUAUGUCUUCCUCUUGGUGUUUUCGUGUCUUAUACUCUCAGUCUUUGCCACCAUUAAAGAGUUCACACAAAGCUCAGAGAGUGCCUUGUACAUCUUGGAAAUUGUGACCAUUGUGGUGUUUGGAGUGGAGUACAUUGUAAGGAUAUGGGCUGCUGGCUGCUGCUGUCGAUACAGAGGAUGGAGGGGGAGGCUAAAAUUUGCCAGAAAGCCUUUCUGUGUCAUAGACAUCAUGGUGCUGAUUGCCUCAGUAUCUGUCCUGGCAGCUGGAUCUCAGGGCAAUGUGUUUGCCACCUCGGCUAUCAGGAGUCUGAGAUUCCUGCAGAUCCUACGGAUGCUGCGCAUGGACCGCCGUGGAGGAACCUGGAAGCUGCUCGGAUCUGUAGUUUAUGCACACAGCAAGGAGCUCAUCACAGCGUGGUACAUAGGCUUCCUGUGCCUCAUCCUGGCCUCAUUCCUGGUCUACUCUGUGGAAAAGGAGUCAAAUAAUGAGUUUGACACGUAUGCUGAUGCUCUUUGGUGGGGACUGAUAACUCUUACCACCAUUGGUUAUGGUGAUAAGGUUCCCAAAACCUGGAAUGGACGCUUACUAGCAGCCACGUUCAGCUUGAUCGGCGUUGCCUUCUUUGCCCUUCCUGCUGGCAUCUUGGGUUCUGGCUUUGCCCUCAAAGUCCAAGAGCAGCACAGACAGAAGCAUUUUGAGAAGAGACGUAACCCCGCUGCAGGCCUCAUACAGGCUGCUUGGAGGUUUUAUGCCACCAACCUCUCCCGUACAGAUCUGGUGUCUACGUGGGAUUUUUAUGAGCAGACUGUAGCUAUUCCGAUGUACAGACUUAUCCCACCUCUGAAUCAGCUGGACCUGCUGAGGAAUCUGAAGGGCAAAUCAUUCAGGAAGGAGUCACAAACAGAAACCUCUCCCAGUAAUGAAAAUGCACACAAAGACAGACUUUGCGGGUGCUGUCCGAGAGCUAUUAGUCGGAAGCCGAGUCUGAAGGACAAAGUGUUUCCCAGUCCUUCUAAGGCUCCUGUGUCCAAGGGGAAGGCCCAGUCUCCAGGUGGAGCAGAUGAUGGUGCUGAAGCAAGCCCCAGCAAGGUCACCAAGAGCUCGAGCUUCACCGACAAGAACCGAGGGGCAAAAAAUGCCUUCAAAGCUCGGGGCAGCAUCUCGCGCAAAAACUCAGAGGUGCUGAUUGAAAUGCAGGACGAAGACUUUGGACUGAAGAGUUCUCCAGCAAUUGAAGGUUUAAUAAAGGCAAGCCUUCCGGGAGAGGAAAUUGGUGAUGAUAAGAGCUGCCACUGUGAAUUCCUCACUCAAGAGUUACCACCAGGCUUGAAAGUUGCAAUCAGAGCAAUCUGCAUCAUGAGCUUCCUGGUGUCAAAGAGGAGGUUCAAAGAGAGCUUGCGACCUUACGAUGUCAUGGACGUGAUUGAGCAGUACUCCGCUGGUCACCUGGACAUGCUGUCGCGCAUUAAGAACCUGCAGACCAGGAUAGAUAUGAUUGUGGGUCCCCCUCCCCCAACAACACCUCGCCAUAAGAAGUCCACUGAAGUUCCUAGAGUUGACCAGAUAGUUGGUAAAGGUCCCAAAGGUGAAGGAGAUGCUGUGGAGGACCAGAGUAUGAUGGGACGUCUGGUCAAAGUGGAAAAGCAGGUGGUCUGCAUGGACAGGAAACUCGACUUCCUGGUCAAUGUGUAUGUGCAGCGUAUGGGCAUCCCCCGUUCCGAAACAGAGGCCUUUUUCAACUCCAGGGAGCCAUAUCCAGCCCCGCCUUACCACAGCCCCGAAGAGAGCAAGGAGAAGGAGGUAAAAGAGGAGGUAAAGGAGGUGAAGACAUGCUCAGCAGCAGAUGUCCCAUGCUCUGACGGGUCUUUGGAAAAGAAAGACCCUUUACUCGGUCGAUCCAUGCCGAGAUCAGUUGGUACUCCCUCUGGGAGCAACAGCCGCCCCUCUACCUCCUGGCAGCACCAGUUGCAAAACCCCAUCAGCCAACCUGCCUGGAACAGCAGCGUGGCCAACACCCCUUCGCCAGUAGGUGGCAGCGGUGACCAUUCGCCCACCCUGUUCCGCCUCCCACCUCCACCUGCUCCAGCUCAUGACCGAUCCUCUUCGGGUCAGGGCGGCAGCGGCAGAGAGAGCGGCUCCCACAGCAGAAGGCGCAACAGGAGGCACAGGUGCCAUCGAGAGGUCACCGCAGUAGAUAGUGACACAUCCCUCUCCAUCCCGUCGGUUGACCAUGAGGAGCUGGAGCGCUCGUUCAGCGGCUUCAGCAUCUCCCAAGCCAAGGAGGACUUCUUUGGGCCCUCGUUCUUUACAGGCUUAGGAGGGGGAGCCGGAGCAGGGACCGAAGCCGGAGGCGGACCUUCACUCUGUGCCAGGGUCAGACCAUUGCUAGCAGAGGGGGAGUCGGACACAGACUCUGACCUCUGUGCUCCCUCGCCUCUGUCUUUCACCGGAGAGGUCUCAGGUGGAGAAAGGGGGUGGGCUGGGCUGAAGUAGAAAGGACUGCUCUGCUGGCAGACCUGCUGAUUGUGACAGAGGCUGAUGCCCCGAUUGCCAACAUGACCGUAUCAUUAGACCUCGUGGCCAGAGGCUUACUGUAGAUGAUGGCUGAUACAGACUCGGUUGGGUCAAGUGGGCGGUUAUGAGCAGUUGUCUUUUUGCGAUAACGGUAAAAACGAGUUCUCACAAAAACAACGGGAUUAUCCUUUAUCAACAUUUAAGUUUGUGAUGUAACAGUUCACUGGCAAUGCUCGAUUACAGUUACUUUUGUAUCCACUCAGAUUUUGAUUAAAUAGCUGUUUAGAAACCUUUCUUUAACUUAGACAAGAAGCCUUUUCGUUAUGGUACUUAGUGAGACGACACUUACACAGUGUGGAUUUGUAUGAAACAAUAAAGAGAAUUGCCAUUUUAGUUCCUCUUAUGAGACGUUUGAGUAGCAUUUCAGCACCUCUUCUGUUAAACACUGAACACUUUAACAUUCAAAAGCUUGCUGGAGUUUGUAACGCGAGACUGUUGAAAUCUUAUCACGUGGUUAACGUAGUGUCUUGAUAACUUCUAUACCUUAGGAUGUCUUGAGGUGUUAUGUUGCCAAAACCUUAGCUAUGAUGAUCAGUUAGAUUCUUGCUGAUUAAAAAAAAGAAAAAAUGCUUCAUUAUUAAUUCAGCCUGGCAUUUAUGUAAUACUAUGGAAGAACUCCCCUUAAAGUAAUACUGAAUACUCCUGAACCACCUGCAUGGCAUGAUAAAUGAUUGAUUUAGGGACUGUGUUAAGUAGGUUGCAAAAACCAAACAGUGACGAACAGUCAAACUGUGUUUUUCUUCUAUACAGUAAGAGAGAGUGGUGAAUUUUAAAAAAAAAGUGCAUGAAUGACUGGUUUCAAGCUAUGUUUAAAUUUUUCUAAGGAGCUUUGCUUGAAUUCCAAUCAUGUAAAUGCAGCCUGAGCUUGCUAAUUUCAACAGCUCUUCUUUUCUGGGUAAAUAUGUUCAUAAAAUUCUAUACACAUUAAAUACAAGAGCAGAUGUUUAAUGCUGCACAGGUAUGAGAACAGGAAGGGCAUUUGCUUGUACAUUUUGUAUUGUUAUCACAAGGCAUGCAGCGUUGAAGCUGGAUUGAGUGCACGUGAAACUCUCUCACUUGUUACUCUGACAUGAUGGUAUUUAGCCUGCAGUGCAUUGAACUUUCAUUUAGAUUCUCUGAUGCUACGUCAGUUUCAGACUAAAUGAGGAAAUGCAAUAAAAAGCAAGCAACGCAAUCAAGAACUCAUCCUUUAAAAUUGUUGCCUUAUUUCCACACCAAAAUUUUAGAGGUCCACAAAUCAACAAUUUCAUUUUUAACAUUUUAUAACAGUAGUGUAUGUAAAUUGUUAUGGUGGGUUCUUUGGCCUCAGAGCAGAUGUUUCAGGUUGCACAUUUAGCCAUUGAUAAUGCUAACCUUUGAAGCAUGAACAGUUCUUGUUAAAUUUAACCAAUGCCAACAUUUUAACAUUUACAUUAUAACCAAGGAAGUGUAAUUCAAUAGAGACUGUUAAUACACGGUCCAUAUUUUUCAGCAAAAUCAGGAAGCAACUUGCUGGCAUGUUUUUUACAACCCAUUGAAAAGACAUGUAGGGUUUUACAUGAUACAGUAGAUCAGCACCAUUGUGUAACUGCACCUUUGUCUUGUUCAAAAAUAAAACUUUGUGCAUCACUAAAAA